AGUCGGAUCACCACUUGUUCUCUGAGAAAAAAAGAACCUGUAGCCAUGAAACUGAUCAUCGUCUUCGCCGCCGUCGUCGCCGUCGCCUUCGCGGCUCCCCCUCAAAACUAUCAUGACCAGGCGGUCGUCGUGAAGGAGACCCCAUUGGACAACAUCGGCCUCGACGGAUACCAGUUUGGCUAUGAGCUCUCCAACGGCCAGGCUCAUCAAGAGUCAGCCCAAUUGCAAAACGCUGGUCAUGAAAACGAGGCUCUCGUAGUCCGCGGUAGCUUCACCUACGUCGACCCGGAGACCAACGUCAGGUACACCGUCAACUACGUCGCCGACGAGAAUGGAUUCCACCCCGAGGGAGCGCAUCUGCCAGUCGCCUAAAUUCUGACGAGAAUUCUACCUGCCAACCUCAUCUAUCUGUGUUCUUACAACUUUUCGUCCAGUCUCAUAUUUGAAGAGAAUCUCAAUCCUCUAGAUCUCUCGAUCAUAGCGAUCACACAGACAAAUAUGACAAACCUAGUUUUAAA